GAGAGGGCAGGAUGAACACAAGUCCAGCCUCCGAGCCUUUUCGCCUGCAGCGUCUCCUUCCGUCAGAGACUCCCCUCGUCUGCCUCUUCCACCCCGUCCCGGGUGGACCUGAGAGCAUGCACAUCAGUGGGGUCACACUUUCACACUUGCUGGUGACUGAGCUGUGUGCCAACACAGAUGCCGGGAGGAAAAAGAGACCGGAGAGGGAGGAGUCUGAGCAAUCCGUCAGCGCCCGCUGCAACUUUACCAGCAGUCCAGAAGCCCGGAGGGAGACCCUGACUGCACAAGCCUCCGGAGCUGCGUCCACUAUGUCGGAGAACUUUGAGAUCAGGAAUAUGGACAUGAAGCAGGGGGCCAGCCUGAAGAUCAAGGGCAAGAUUAAGGACAAUGCAGAGAGCUUUGUGAUUAACCUGGGCCAGGGGCCGGAGGAUCUGAACCUACAUUUCAACCCACGUUUCGGGGAGUCUGUCAUCGUCUGCAACUCAAAAGACCACAGCAACUGGGGCCAGGAGCAGCGGGAAGGUCACAUGUGCUUCAGCCCAGCCACGGAGGUCAAGCUCACCGUGACCUUUGAUGGUGACGAAUUCAAGGUGAAGCUGCCAGAUGGGCACGAGGUGACUUUUCCCAACAGGCUGGGCCACAGCCAGCUGAACUACAUGUGUGUGAAGGGCGGCUUCAGCGUCUCCUCCUUCAAGUUGGAAUGAGUGGGCAGCCGCUCCUGGAGGACUGACAGACCACCCGGGUCCCGGCUCACAGCCCUUGGGGUUCUGGCUCAGCUACCCACCCCCAGUUCCUGUCCCCUGGCCCCAGUGGCCUCCCCAAGGCCCAGAACAAAGGC